AAAAAAAAUCCCUAACUUUCGCCGGCGAAAUGCCUAGACGACGGCUGAGACUCCAACACUACUCCGACGACGACGACGACGAAGAAGGAGAAGAUGAAAUCGGAGCAAGCGGAAUCGGCGAUUCUGCUCAGAGCGUUAGUCGUGCUCCUUCUGUGCAACCGGAAAGCUCGUCAGCGUCUAAUUUAAACCCUAAUCCCGUCGAGCAAACCACUGUAUCGGAAGUUGAGAUUAUCGACGUCUCCGGUAAUUCCACUCCCUCGCCGCCGGAAUCUAGUAUUCCGGUUGAUCCGUCGGAGGCGGAAGUCCAGAACGGCUACGACUCGCCGAUCGCUGAGGCUCUCUCUCGGAUGGGGAUUAAGCUCAAGACGGAGUGGUGGGUCUCUUGUCUUUCUUGGCUCGAAGCCUCCGUUCCGGAGUUUUCACGCCUCGAAGUUGCGGCGAAAGCUAAGCAUUGCUUCGAGCAGUUUCUGUUUUGCGAUAUGAAUCUAUGCGGAGGCGGGAUUCUUCCGCGGAACGUUGCGUCUAUGGUUCUUGAAGAACUCGCUGGUCCGUUUGUUCUUCAGGUUGAUGAGAUUGUUAACAUUGGGUGUGCCCUCAAAGGGAGAUAUGAAAACGCUAAUGCAGGGCUUAAGAGGUGUUUGAAGCUCUCUAUGACAGAUGGUGUUCAACGUGUUUUUGGUAUGGAGUACAGACCUAUUAAAGAUCUGCAAGUCUUGGCUCCUGCUGGUUUAAAGAUUGUUGUGUCUAGCGUACAAGUUAGACAUGGGCUUUUAAUGCUAGUACCUGAGACUAUACAAGUUUUAGGAGGGAUGGUUGAAGAAUUGGAAGAAGCACGAAAGCGUCUGGUUAUUGAAGUGAACAAACCUCCAAGAGGAAUAAGAACAAGGAACCGAGGUGUUGCUUCGUUGGCAACCAGAGCAAGUCUAGCUGCGUGGUCGCUAAAUGACAAUGAUACUGGUAACCAAGUAAACAGUUCUACCUCGGGAGAUGCUAGUCACGUUCAGGCCAAUGGUCAAGGCAAUUCUGCGAAUGUAACGAGAACUCAUAUCAGUCCACGGACAAUGAGUAAUCUUCCUGCUUCCAUCAACGUGGAAGCUACUUUUUCGAGGGUUGAGCAUAUGCAGAUUGAUACUGCUAUUACCCACGGGGAAAGAACGUUCUCUGGUUUGCACUCGACUUCUAGUAACAUUCACACGACAGCAUCCACACCUCCUACUAGCUGUAGUGGUACAAGACUCUUUUACAACAGCGGUUGCGAAAAUACUUUGGAUCAACAAACAUCUAACGUGACUUCAUUUGUUGAAGAAAUGCAUAUCGACAAUGGUAACGUGAGGGAUACAACGGGUCCUGUAUAUGGUUCAGGUUCAGGCGCUGUAGCUGAUGAUGAAGUCAGUAAUAUGGUUGUCGAUUUGGAAACCCCCUCUGUGAUGUCUACAAAUCCGGAGACACCUUUCACUUACUUGGCCGAGAUGUCUCAGAAUUGGGCAGUAAUGAAAGAUACCAUGCCUUUUGUUCAAGGAAGGAUUAAGUGCUUUCUAACUGGAGUGAAGAGAUUCCAGUUCAAGCAACAGUCUACUUUUGAGCUUAUAUGCUACGUCGAUGAUGGAAGUCUUAUCUGUGAGAUCUUGCUCCAUAAUGACGUUGUACAAAGAAGGAUAGGUCAUUCAUCCAUGGAGGUCACAGCUGCGCUUACCUCUUCAGCACCAACAAGAGAAAAUGCCAUGAUGAAGGAGAAACUAAAAGGCUUCCAGUUGUUUCUAGCUGACUUUGAGGGAAUGAUGGUGGUAGAAAUGAACAGAACGUCACAAUAUCCAGUAGCUAUUGAGAUGAAUCAGGGAUGUUCAUCAACCGAUGCUCGGUUACUAUUUGAAAGAAUCAAAUCUUCUGGCAUAGCUCCUCCAGUUGUUGUUUUAUCCCCUUGAUCAAGUAGUCGAACUAAAGCUUGUGAAACAUUGAGGGCUUUUAGUAACUUGACCCCAUAAACCGGUUCAAUAUUGGAAUCGGGUAAUUUUAGUUUUGGUAGCUAAUUAUACCGGGUUUUAUAACUUAGUACCAAGUACAGUGCUAUUUUCUGUUUCUUUUACCUAUAAGUUUCUUCUGCCAUGUUUGGAUAAAAGCACAGUGUAAUAAUGAUAUAUAACA